AUCACGCUUCUCCAUUCCUGAUUUCCUAUAAAGUAUAAACCCCUGCCCCUUAAUCCUCGCAAGACCUGUUGCGUUUUUCUCUUGAAGCAAGUCCAAAGAGCAGCAGCAUCUUUCUUCUUCUUGUUCUUCGUCAUCUUUUGAUCGUCAAAGAGAGAGAGCAUCAUGCAGAUCUUCGUCAAAACCCUAACCGGAAAGACCAUCACUCUCGAAGUCGAGAGCAGCGACACCAUCGACAAUGUCAAGGCCAAAAUUCAGGAUAAGGAGGGGAUCCCUCCGGAUCAGCAGAGGCUGAUUUUUGCUGGUAAGCAGUUGGAAGAUGGUCGCACUUUGGCCGACUACAAUAUUCAGAAAGAAUCUACUCUUCAUUUGGUUCUGAGGCUUAGGGGAGGGACCAUGAUCAAGGUCAAGACUCUCACUGGAAAGGAAAUUGAAAUUGACAUUGAGCCAACUGACACUAUUGACCGGAUCAAGGAAAGGGUGGAAGAGAAGGAAGGCAUUCCCCCAGUCCAGCAAAGGUUGGUUUUUCAACUCUAUACUUGUUUGCUUAUUCUGAUUGCUGUCUGCCCUGGUUGCUUAUGGUGAUUUGGAACAAGAGAAUUUUGCUUUACUGCUUGCUGUGGCAUAGUUUUGUUUUGUUCUUUUAUCUCAGUCCUCCCUGUAUUAUCUCUAUGAUUGCACUGUACAGUAUGAUAUUCUAAAACCAAAAUCUUCAGGUCUUAGUAUCUGAGGUUUUGAAAGGAAGAACUGGAUUUGAGAUUGGCUUUGAAUAUGAAGUCAAAUCCGAUUGCUUUAUUUUGAAAGUUUAACUUUUGUUAGCAUAGAUUUUUACAGUAACUCUAUCAGUAUGAAGUCUAAUCCGAUUGCUUUAUUUUGAAAGUUUAACUUUUGUUAGCAUAAGAUUUUUACAGUAACUCUAUCAAGUAUUCUAACUUUCAGAGUGAAAAGAAUAUCUGCGAGACAUAAAUGUAUGGUGGUGCUUCACAUCAGCAUGUAUAAAUGUAUUUUGCAUUCUGUGCGCCGACACAUUUCUUAGAGCUCUAUACCUCUCCUGUUAAUUAGUGCAUGCUUUUUACAAACUGGAUAUGUAAUGAUAACUUGGUUUGGUUGCAGGCUCAUUUAUGCUGGCAAACAGUUAGGAGAUGACAAGACUGCCAAGGACUAUAACAUUGAGGGUGGUUCAGUGCUUCACCUUGUUCUUGCUUUGAGGGGUGGUCGUUUCAAUUAGACUUUAGUACUUAAUCUUCUUCUGUGUGUUCUGAGGAAAUUGUGGUUGAAGAUUUUUGACGCCGUGUUUGAGGCUGGCACUUAAUGUGAUUGUCCUAAAUUAUUGACUAUCUAUUAUUGUCUGCUGAGUAAGGCUAAGUUUUCCUCUUGAUAUUUCUUUCUCUCUUCUAAACUAUGGUCGAGUUGUGUAGCUAAACUGAAAGGGGAGAGUAUAUAUUUGAAGCCAGUCAUUCAAAUAUAUUAAGGUAUAGAAGAGUACAAACAUGAAACAGAAGUAACACAAGGGGAGAAACUAUUCAAAUUACAAAAUGCGAGAUCACUGAUCUGAAAGAACUAAACGAGUUGUCUAGCAAUAAUAAUCUGAGAAACGAGUAAUAAAACAUUCUUAAUUCUGAAAGGUCGGUCGCUAAUUGAAAUGCAAGAGCUUGAUGGUGCUAAGGUUCAUCGGGUUCAUAUACAUCUUGGAUCCAGACAUGAGCUGCUGCACAAUCAACUUGUUGGCUUUCUCUGUUGGAUGGAAGGCAUCCCAGAAUACAUAAGUAUCUCUGUUUGGGCACAGGUUGGAGAAAUAUGUGCAAAGUCCAAUCCCAUUGUAUGGUCCUUGCCCACAACAUGCUACUUUUGAUGUCUCAAAACCUGUUGAACAACAAAUUGUACCAUACAGCAAACAAACAGAUGAUGUAUGUGUGUUAGGUUACUACUGUUCCAAGUGACAAAAAUAAUUGAGAUGAUUUGGUAUACCUACCAAAUGCGUUAGGAUCAGCAAUGAAAUCCAUGUGGGCUUGAUUGGUAUUUGCAGCCACAAAAACAUCACUCCCAAUCUCUUUGUUGAGAGCCAGAAUCAUGUCGGUUAGUUUCGGGUUGAAGAGUGUCGCAGCUUGUUGCAAGUCAGCUGCACAUUCGCCGUUGUUGCCGCCGCGCUGAGCUAUUUCAGCCGGAACACAUCCUAACGGACCUGUUCCCGUCACCAAUACCCUUCGAGCUCCUACGUCAUACAACCUCUGCACACGCACGUAUGUACAAAAAAAUAUUUUUAAAAAAAAUAUAAGAAAAUAGUCGGUUUCAAAUCUUUUUUUUUUUUAUAACAAAU